ACUCCCCCGUCUAUCACUACACCGGGUAAAAUUCCUUCAACCGAAAAUAGAAAUUGUACCCAUAAUUCUCCAAAUGUAGACUACAUUUUCGCUAGUAUUUUAAAAUCUUCUGGCUUUCCUUUUAUUUUGGAAUCACCAUGAGUCGGAAAGCACGCGUUACUUUUAGCUACAAGCCCGAACAGGAAGAUGAACUAACCUUGGAAGUUGGAGACAUCAUUACUAAUAUAACUGAUGUGGACGUUGGUUGGUGUGAGGGAGAAUUGAACGGAAAGAGGGGAAUGUUUCCAGAUAAUUUCGUCGAGGAGUUCAGCACGCCUGGCGAGGAAGUAGCAAAUGCUGCACCACUUCCGAGCUCCAAUUCUAAAACAGGAAAGAAGGCCAAAGUAGCAUUUGAUUAUGAGGCACAAGAUGCUGAUGAAUUGACAUUACAUAUGGGAGAUGUUGUGGAUUUUAUGGAGGAAGUAGAAGAAGGCUGGUGGAAAGGCAAAUUGCAUGGAAAAGUUGGUGUCUUUCCAUCUAAUUUUGUUGAAAUGAUUGAGGAAGAGGACACCAAUCCAAACCAAGACAAGCCAGCACAGAUAAAAACUGAAAAAGAGCCAACUGUCAGUCAUGGUCGAAUAGGAGUUGCAGUACUCGAGGAUCAUGAUGCUGGUAUCAAUAAAAGACAUUCUGGUGUAGAAAAGGCUAAGCAGUUGCCUGGAGGGGGUAUGGGAUUUGGUAACCUCGUUAACCCCGACAUGCUUGCUAAGAAACUCAAGAAAGUCCAUCAUGACGAAAAGAAGGAGAAAAAAGACAAACUUGAAGAUAAAAAUGUUCCUGCUGAACCAAGCAAGACUGCUGCCACUGCAAAGGCACCUUUGGGUGCCAAAUCAAGGCCUGCACCCCCUGUUCCAUCCACUCCUCCAAUUGUUCAACCAGCCAAGAAACUGACUGAACGUGCAAAAGUCAUGUUUGAUUAUGAGCCUGAAAAUCCUGAUGAACUUAAAUUAAGAGAAGGAGAUAUUGUCGUUGUUACGAACCAAAACAUUCCUGACACAGAGGGCUGGUGGGAAGGAGAGCUAAAUGGAAUAGCUGGUGUCUUCCCUUCUAACUUUGUUGAACUGCUACCAGUAGGUGCAGAAGAAGUUUUAUCAAAGGCUCCUGCUCCUGCUCCUGCUCCUGCUCCUGCUCCUGCUCCUGCUCCUGCUCCUGCCCCACCUCAGACUCACAAGAAAAGUGUUCCAGUUUUGCCUAUGAAAGAUGAACUGAAAAAAUCUCCAAAACUAUCAAGGAAACAUUCCCCUCCUGUCUCUCCUAAAGAAGAAUCAAAUGCUGAUGCUAUCCCAGAAGUCAAGAAACCUGUCAAAGAUACAAGUGGGGAGCCCCCAGCUCCAGUGCCAGCCAAACCAAAGCCACCGGUGGCAGGUCAGAAGCCUGUUUUACCACUCAAGAAACCUUUACCAAUCCAUAAGAAACCUGCCACUAAAGGUAUACCAAAGAAGCCUGAGAAGAAAGCUGAGAUUGAAAAUAGUAGUGUUGCUAAGAGUACUGAGGAAAUGAAGGAUCUUGUUGAUGGCCUUUCGGCAGAGAAGCAACUAUCACAGGAAGAAGGGAUCAGUAAACCUCCUGAGAUCAAGAUGGAAAAUGUAGAAGAAGGAGUGUCCUUAGAUGACAUCCCAGCCACAGAGACAUUAAAUCACCUGACUGCCAACCGAGCAAAGAAUCUGCAGAAGAGGCCACCAUCCAAGGAAGGACGAACGGACUCAGCUCGCUUAAGUGGAGGCUUACUAGAAGAGCAAAUAGCGGAAACUAACAAACAGCCUCCAGAGCGUCCUAAAGAACCGCCUAGAGAACCUUCCUGGAAAAAAGAAGUUAGGGAAGCUCGGGAAAAGAAACAGGUUGCAGAAGAAAAGCCACCUCCUUUGCGGUCGUCCAAAACGGAGGCACUAGAGAAACGAAAAUCUCUAAAAGAAGAAGUGCCCGUACCACCAGUCCAAAAAGUUGAGCCUUUUACAACAGCGUCAGGUGAGGUGGAGAAGCUGCGAAAGGAGAUUGUGGAGCUACGAGAGAUGAUGGCUAAUAUGGAUAAGAAACAUGACGAUGCUAUCAAGAGAAUGGAGGAAAAGUUUACCCUGGAAAUAGAAGGACUCACAAAUGACUUUGAUGAAGAAAGGAAACGCAAUGCAGCGCUCAAGGUGGAAAUAGACAGAAUUAAAAGGCGUAAUGCUCGCCAUGAUACUGGAACCUCAGCUUGACUGAAGAGAACACAGGAUCUUUUUUUUUUUUUUUUUUUUUUUCCGCUGCAAAGGUAAAUUGAUACUAGUGUAGAUGCGAGGAAAAAGAUAGAGGAAAAAGGUGGUAGGACAUAUAACUCAUAAAUUUAUUGAACAGAAAUAACCAAUGCAAGUCACUAACAGAACAGUAAAUCGCCACAUAUUCCACAGGAGAAGCUGUGAUGAUACUACCGACACUUGGUGGUACAUACUUACAUACAUGUGAUAACCACGGUUUCGAGUCAGGAGUUAGUUCAGUCACACACGACUGCAAUUCGAUUUAACAAUGAUAAUUAUUUUUAACAGCCAUGCAUACUUACCUUUCAGUCAAUAACACUUUGGCAAGGUACAAAAAUCAUGAAAUACGACAAUAAACAGGAGAGGAAAUUGGAAAGAAUUGCAAAAGAAAAACAUGAAUGAUAAAAGCUUGAUUUUGCGUUAUACGUUUUCCCCAUGUCAUCGGUCACCUGAAGUCACCACUCUGUGUCUUUAUAACAACUGAAAACUAAAAAAAACCCUACUAAGAGAGGAGAAGUAUCAGAGCCGUAGAAAAAAAUGAUUUGAUCACAUAUCAUUAUUUUUUUUUACAAUUGAUAUGGAGUGCAAAUCGUUAAGCUUCAUUUGUUUUCAAUAUGUACAGAUUUGCUGAGUCAGGUGCUUUUGUUAUUGCCUGUCUUCAAACUUUGUAACCUGUACAGCUUUUUUUGAAAAGAGAUCAGAGGUUCAACAGUAACAUUUUCUUUCUCUCUUUUUUUUUUUAAUCAAAUCAAUGUACAAGCAUUGUUAACAUAUAUCCUAUUAAUGUUUCUUGGGAUAACUAUUUUUGUCCGAUGGUGUUUUACGACAGUGUCUUCAAUAACUAAUAGAGGAAAAAGGUGGAAGGACAUAAAACUCAUAAAUUUAUUGAUCAGAAAUAAGACGUUCUUGUCAUUAACUGGAAUGAUCAUGUGUGAAUAGGUUAAUUUGUAGCUUUUAACACCUAUGUAUCUCCUAAUGAUUUCUUCUUCACCUAAAUCAUGGCUGCAUCUAUGAAGGGUAUUUAAAGGACUAUUGGAUCUGGAAAGCAGUAACACGUUUGCUUCAACGAAGUUUUGGGGUACUAAUUAAGGGAAGGGGGUAAAAAAUGUUCACAAAAAAAUAAUUAAGUUCGUUUUUCUUUAUUCAGGGUUAUAUCAGAGUAAAGAAUGGUCUAAAAAACAGGAAAACAUUAUGAACAGUUAGAGUAGAUUGUCGUUCUCCAAGUACGAUUUGUUUGGUUACUCUCAAUAGGAAACAGUACUUCAUAAAAUAACAAAAUAUGUGAAAAGGAUUUCCUUUUUAUUUUUUUGAAUAAUAGCAAAUUGCAAACUCCUGUCAUAUAAAAUUAUACAGGCAACAUCAUAACAAGGGUGGGAAGGGUCCAAGUGCAAGGAAAACAAAACUUUUCCACCCAUUGGAUCAUGAUGAUAGCUUUCGAAUUUGAAGUUUGAACAUAUUUUCUAGGUUAGUGUUAAACUCAUUUGGGGCUAUUAAAGGUUUCAAAGUUUAAACCUAUUUGGGGUUAUCAGAGGUUUCACAUUUAGCCUCUCAAGUGAGUUUGGCUCUUUCCCUCCAUUGUGAGCUUGACCACUGUUUAAAAAUUCACGGCUUAGCUGUUGGUGUGUGGACUGCUUCGUAACAUUUAGUUGGUAGAAUUUCAUUUAUAGGUGCAAAGUCAAAGUGAAAAAAAAAACAAACAAACAAAACGUGAGAAUUAUGAGGGGAUUAGCUUCUGGUUCUUUGGUUUGUUCGCGGGUUC